AUGUUAAAGCUAUUCGUUGGGUUGUGUCUGCUGCAUUUUCUUGAAGGCUCCCCACCACACGGUAAAAUCGUGGGUGGUGACUUUGCUUCGAUUGCGGAUUAUCCACAUCUUGUAAAUCUGAGAAUCAAGGGUAUAUACCAUGGCGGUGGCUCUUUAAUAACGCCAACUUGUGUGCUCACUGCAGCCCAUUGUAUAUUCGGACAAAAUGGAUUUAUCAAUAAUGUCGCAGUUCAUGCCCAGCAACAAUGUCUGGGUGACCCUGUACUCGAGGAGCAAGUGCGUACGGUCUUGUAUGCUUCGGUAUCGCCAAAUUAUAAACAUGGCAUUAGGAACUACGAUUCGGAUAUUGCAAUCCUAAAAUUGACGCGGCCCUUUGAUAUAACAGGUAAAGCAAGUUUGGUUAAACUUGACUUUAAUGAAUUGCCAGCCAAUGCGAAUCUAACCGUAGCUGGUUGGGGCUCGACCUACCACAAAGAGCUACAAAAUCCGAAUCAAUGUCUAAAGGCUGCCCAAGUGCAUUUAGUCCCGCAGCAGGAGUGCAUAACGGAAUUAGGUAGCUUCAGUCCUGUGACAGAAAAUAUGUUCUGUGCUAUCGGGGAGAAUGCCACAGAUACCUGCCCAGGUGAUUCCGGUGGACCCAUACUAUUUGAGAAUCGACUGACGGGCAUUGUAUCGUGGGGUGUUGGCUGUGGCCUUGGUUUGCCAGGUGUUUACACAAAGCUUGGCAGUCCCGCAAUGACAUCGUUUGUCAAGUCUGUCAUAGAACGUCAUUGUUGAAAACAAAAAAAUUUUAAAUAAACGCUCAUUGUGUCCUUAGUCCCCUCUUCCCUUUGAUGGGAUUAUAAUGUACUUCGAUCGAAUCACAUUAAAAGAAUUGCAACAUAUGAGUUAACAAUAA